AUGCCACCCAAACGCCAAGGAAACAGAAACAAGAAAGGCCCAGUAUCCAAGGGUCCCGACCUGCAGAAGGGUCCUGAAGAUGCCAGCCGUGCAUAUAUCCAGGUAGACUGGGCGAUACCCAAGGCGAAGCGGAAAAAUGAUUUUGACCGAAAAUACUUGAACGAUUACGCUCGGCCUUUGUAUGAGAGAGACCCGGACGAGCUACGACCAACGCAAGCAGGCUUGCCCGAGGCUCAAAUACGCACGCCGAUCUAUCAGAAAGAUGGCAAGGACAUGUUUGCAGGAGAUGCUAAUCAAUCCAGUGCAGCAUUGCGUAGCUUUUACAAUGAGAUCAAGAAAUUAAGUGCCAAGGAGCCAGACGGACUUCAUGAUAUUGCUGCACUUACAGGGCAAUUUGAAGAGGGGGACGAGAAUGCUGCCGUGGUCCUAUCCAGAGCGGAAAAUCAAGAAAUAUUUGUCUUGGACACAGAACGACGUCUGCAAGUAACCGUCAAUGAUCAAACUGCUCACGUCGAUUUCAUCCGACGGGCACCAUCAGGAGCGGAGAACCAGAGGCUAGGCCAUUUUAUCGAAGUCGCCCUAGAGACAUCAAUCACCGUCAAUGGCAUCACAUACGUCAAUCAGGGUGGUUCCUCGCCUGCACCCUUCUUCAUUGGUCCUCUUGAAGACUUUGCCGUCAUUGAGCUGCUUUCACAGCCGUUGUUCUUUUUCCGACAUGAAGGUAGCUUGAAGUAUAAGGCGACUACUAGGAAAGCUGCCCCAGAUGAGAUGGAGCGUCGCGACAGAAACGGAGAUGUUGCCAGGGAGAAUGUGGUAAUCAGGUGGCUUCCAAUUGGGUCACCUGAGGAUACAUCACAAGAAAUUGGGAAUGAUGCAGAGACCACAGAAUCCAUGUCUGAACUUUUCCAAAAUCUCGCAAAUGAACAAAUACAGCAUGAGUUUGAGAAAGUCGGGGAAGUUGAUGAAGUCGAGGAAGAAGAAGACGAAUAUUCCGACGCAUUCACAGACGACGGCCGGCCAAUCGAGAAUCCGUCCAGCUAUUUUAAAACACGCCUCAACCAACAUUUGGAAGAUAAAGUAGCUUCCCUCAUCCCCAGGGUCAUCGCUUCCGUCAACCACCGACAGCCAGAAAAUGCUGGAUUCAGUUUCAUCCACAACAGUACCGUCUUCCGAGCGGGAAGAACGCUAAUUACUGCCCUCACCCAGCAGUCUGGUCGCCAUCUCCUAGUCGUAGCGCAGAUCCGACAGCCAGACCAAAGAAUCAGAGUCAGAGUCCUCUAUCCGCUGCUCUGGCGUAGUUCAAGGAGUCAUCGAGAUAAGAUCAAUCAAAAUUUGAAACGCUGGAUUCUGGCGUCUGAAUCGAGCAAGCAAACGACGGAGCAUCUAGUCAUGGAUACCGAGUGGGUACCUUGUGCGCAGGCCACUACCCAAGAGGCUUCUUCCACAUACACAGUUUUGAAUGCGUGGGCCUUAGUCAUGGGCUUAGAGCUUAACCCAGCAUUUACUCCAGAUCGCCACAGUUACGAAGCUUUCUUUAUUCAAGCAGAGGGGAUAUUCCAUCUCGCUUUGGAGAAUGCCUUGACUUGGAAACUGCUUUUGUCGUUCUUUCGUUGCACUGGAUUCGUGAAGCCAGCUGUUACGACAGAAGCCAAUGAUGAUGAAGAUGCUGACCUACCAGCUAAGGAUCGCCGUUUUGAUCUGCGUAAGCGCCAUUUCGACAUUCUGAUUGCUGAUCAGACAAAAACCGACGAGACUUUCCCAGCAAAGAAGAUAGAGACGAAGCAGAUUCCCGUGCAACUCGAAGAUGGCAUUCUUCACAGCGAAACACCCUCGUCAGAGUCGCUCUCCAAUGAAGAAUUGAAUGAGCUGAUACCCCUUGUGCGUGAAGGAGGAUGGUCACUGCAAUAUAUGACGAAUCAGCCGAACCAACACCUUUCUGAGGAUACAGAAAUGUCUGAAGAGUCUUCCGAGACGUUUUUGUCGCUGGAAGAUUCACCUGUUCAGCCUCCUCAAUUGGAUACCAUUCCCGUACCAGCUGAGUUCAACCCCUGCGAAUAUCUUCAUGAAGAGCUGAACAAGCUAGCCAAUGGUACCCAGAUCACUCAGAACGAUCUGCCGGAAGCACUUGCAACAGGGGUACCCCAGUUAACCAAGAACGAGAUCCGAGAGAGCAUAGCAUCCGUCAUCCGAGCCGUUAAUCAACGCCACGCCCCAGGCGCAGGCUUCACCACCGAAUCCUCCACAACUGAGGUCGAAUCAUCCAUCACCAAAAACGAAGACUUGAUCUCGUUAUACAUGCUAGAGGCAACCGAAACCCACAAUCUGUGUAUCCUGACACAAAAUCCCGGACCCAACAGAUAUUAUGACACCGUUAUCGACUCCGCACCUUGGUUAACAAGCAAAGCCGCCAGAGCCGAGAUAUAUACUCGCCUCGGUUCCCAGAAACCCACCGCAGGGCCUCUUAAGUGGGUCUUUGCACCGCAACAGGCGCGCGAGCAUCAUGACGGAUAUCAUGUUGUGCUUAACGCAUGGAGUAUCUUGCUGGAUUUGCCUUUGAACAGUGAGGGUUUUGUUCCAAGCCCAGAAUUCAUCCGCGAUGCACGCAACGUUAUUCAAGCUGCGCUGCGGGGCGAGGCGAACUGGCUGCUUAUCUGGGCUUUGCUGCGCUGUCAUGAGUAUGUAGCUUCGACGGAGGCUCCGGGGCUGGGAAGAAGAUUCGCUAGGACGAUACCGGAGAGUGAGCAAGGAGCAUAUGAGGCGUUCAUGCGAACAAAAAAGGGGGAGACCGUUGGAGAGGGUGUCAAUGUGUGUGAGUUGUUUCUUACAGAAUCAACUCAAAAUCACGACGAUUCAUUCCGUUGGGAUCGUCUUGAUACGGAGGAUCGAAACACAAGGAUUCCCGAGUUGCAGCGCAACGGGCUUUUCGACAGCACUCUGUCUCGCGAUGAGAUUCGAAGGCGAUAUGCCCCAUUGAGUAAACCUUCCAGCCCGUGCGAAUCCCUGAGAGACACUCUGAGUAAGCUGUUAGCAAAUGAGCAGAUACGGAAGGAGCUGAAAGAAUUUCGAAGCGAGGGUAUAAUAACGACAGAGAAGGGAGUUUGGGUAGAUGAUACGGAAAGUGCUCUCGCUAUGAGCGCCGUCACCAUGGCCAUCAACAACAUACAGAGUAUCGAAGAAGGAUUCAGCAUCGUCCAAAGUCAAUUCGUGCAGUUAUGCCAGGCUUGGGACGGGGCCGAUAUUGAAAACUAUAUGCUCGACGCUCUUCGUCCUGGUCGUCCACUACUUGCUCCAAUCACUUUUAAGAGCCAUAUUGUUCUUCUCCUUGCCCAAUUUGACGAACAAGGUCUACCGACGGUUUCUUUCUUGGACUCUCUAUUCUAUCAUUACGAUGCAGAAGAUCGUGAGAAACUGUUCAACAUUGGCUGGCAGGUUCUGCGUGGUUCUUCUUGGUGGAAGGGGGUCUUCGCGGAUAAAAAUGCCUUUGAGAAGGUGAAGCCAAAGUCCGCGACAUGGGUAGAGACCGCUCGCCAGCCGAGCGCGAACGAAUGCGGAUACUUUACGAUCCUGAAUGCAUGGGGUCUGGCCAUGGGAUUGGAGCUCAAUCAAGAUGUUCGACUGCGAUGGACCGAUUCGUUCUUCCAAGAGCUGCAGGACAUGGUGCAUCUUGUGCGUCUCGGACAUGCGGAUUGGAAACUCAUCUCUGCUUUUCUACAGUGCCACGACAUUGUUCGAGAUGGUGUUGUACCGGAGAAUAGGCGCUUUGCUAAGACUCAUGCAACACGGAUUGAGCCAAGAUUUGAUGAUGAGCUGGCAACCCUCCUGGCUACGGAAAAGUUGCACUGGGCUAGGCAAAAAUAUCAGACUGAAGCGUUGAAACGCAUGCAAAAUGCGAACCGCAUUCCAAAAAUGACUGGAAGACCGCAUAACGGGAAGAAAGCGUUCCCUUCCGACGAAUGGGUUGAUGUCACAAUGAAAUAUGAACAUAUACCACGACUGCAGCGUUUCGGUCUCCUUGACAUCAACAAUAGGGAGAGGGAAAUUGAGUUAGCCUUUAGAAAUCUGGCGAAGACCCGAGUAGAACACUGCCUGAAGAGACUACCACCGGCAAACUCACAGUCUAUUGCAGCCAGGCAGGAAGCCAUUCUACAAGUAAUCCGAGAUGAGAUCAACUCGCACUACGAAGGCAUGGACUCAAACAUCCAAAGGGAGCCCCGUGAGUGGAUUGAAGAAACCCUUGAUUUUUACGACCAAAUCCGAAAGACCGCCAAGCUCCAGCAAAUGCUGAACAACAAGGGUACCGUGAGGCCGAAUGACUGGCAACGUCUCAUGGACGACUCUGAUCUGAACCUUGCCAUGGCAUCUGUGAUAGAGGCCAUCGACAACCUGCAGUCAGGCCUGCACGCAGCGUCAGGAUCGGAGCACCCAUUUGCUGGUGGUUUUGCCUUGACAACCAGUACCACCCUCCAAAUGGCACUGAACGGGAUCGAAGGCACCCCCUUCUCGCGCCCGCGAAGGACCUGGCUUAUCCCACUAGUCGCCACCAAAAACGGACUACUGGAGCAACUGGAAGUCUGGGCUAGGACAAACGGCAAGAAGUACACAGCUCCCACUGGCCGUGCAGGCGGUCACGCAUUCCUCGUAGUCGUCCAAGAAGCAAUCAACCACGACUCAGAAAACCCAGCCGAGACGCGUUUUGAAACCCACAUUUUCGACAGCUGCCUCCGCGUCUUCAACGACGUUCGGGACUUCUUCUCUGUGCGCGUGGAAAACGCUGCUGCGGCGCUAAAGUGGUCGACGCACCGCAACGAAUUCAAUGCUGUGCAAUUCGAUGUUGGAGCCUUCGUUCAUGAAAACCUUCCUCAACAGAUGGCUGGUGGGUUCCAGUGCGGUCACCACGUUUUGAUUAACGCCUGGAUCAUCGCUAUGGGACUUCACUUUAACCCCGAAGCCAAGUUCACCACUGAGAUUUACAAACAGGCCUACACGCUUACUCAAGCUGCUCUGGCCGGUAUCUUAGACUGGCGAACGCUUGUCGCGUGGUUCUUCUGGCACAAGCUUACCGUCGAGCGCACUUUCGAUGCUGUACCCAAGAACCACCGGUUCGGACGUACCGUUGUGCAACGCGAUGAGGGUGCGCUGGGGGAUAGGAUCAGGGAGCAAUAUGCAGUUCUAGAUACCGUUCUGGAGAAGCAUAGUCUGGCGCAGGUGCCGUAUGAUCAUUCGAAUAACUUUCAUACUGAAGAGAGCAGCGGAGAUGAUAGCGAUAGUUUGAGUAGUUUGUUUGGGUUGCAGAGGCGUGUUGAUGAUGCCGAAGGGGAGUUUCUGGAGAAGCGUAGGGGGAUCAAGAGGAAGUGGAAGAGGGACAUGCGGUUCUUGGAUCAGUAUGGUGAGGGUGAGGGUGAGGGUGAGCAGGGUGCAGGAGGUCAGGCUGGGAAGAAGCGGCGGCUGCUUGGUCAUUUGACUCCGCUGGAUGUGUAG